CGGAUCUGGGUGAAAAAAUUGCGCGUGCCAAAAUUUCAUCUAUAAAUAACACCCUCUCCUCAUUUCCCCCAGUCUCUCUCUCUCUCUCUCUCAGCGGAGAACCAUCAAAAUCAAGAACGCGCGCUUCUUCGAUUCCACGAGACGAUAAGAAAUGGCUGACGGUGAGGAUAUCCAGCCUCUCGUUUGUGACAAUGGUACUGGAAUGGUUAAGGCUGGAUUUGCUGGUGAUGAUGCACCCAGAGCUGUGUUUCCUAGCAUUGUAGGUCGACCUCGCCACACUGGGGUCAUGGUUGGUAUGGGACAGAAGGAUGCUUACGUGGGUGAUGAAGCCCAGUCUAAAAGAGGUAUCCUCACCUUAAAGUAUCCAAUUGAACAUGGUAUUGUUAACAAUUGGGACGACAUGGAGAAGAUUUGGCAUCACACCUUCUACAAUGAGCUCCGUGUUGCCCCUGAGGAGCACCCGGUGCUUCUAACUGAAGCUCCUCUCAACCCAAAGGCAAACAGAGAGAAGAUGACCCAGAUCAUGUUUGAGACCUUCAAUUGUCCUGCAAUGUAUGUUGCAAUCCAGGCAGUUCUUUCUCUGUAUGCUAGUGGUCGAACAACUGGUAUUGUGCUGGAUUCUGGUGAUGGUGUCAGCCACACUGUCCCAAUCUACGAAGGAUAUGCUCUCCCACACGCAAUUCUUCGUCUGGAUCUCGCUGGUCGUGAUCUGACCGAUGCCCUGAUGAAGAUCCUCACUGAGCGAGGUUACUCCUUCACUACAACUGCAGAGCGGGAAAUUGUGAGAGACAUUAAGGAGAAGCUUGCAUAUAUUGCCCUCGACUAUGAGCAGGAGCUUGAGACCGCCAAGAGCAGCUCUUCUGUAGAGAAGAGCUAUGAGCUUCCCGAUGGGCAGGUUAUCACUAUCGGGGCAGAAAGAUUCAGAUGCCCGGAGGUCCUCUUCCAGCCAGCUUUGGUUGGAAUGGAAGCUGCAGGAAUUCAUGAGACCACAUAUAACUCUAUCAUGAAGUGCGAUGUUGACAUUAGGAAGGAUCUCUAUGGAAACAUUGUUCUCAGUGGAGGAACUACCAUGUUCCCUGGUAUAGCUGAUCGUAUGAGCAAGGAAAUAACAGCCCUUGCACCUAGCAGCAUGAAGAUUAAGGUUGUUGCACCUCCUGAAAGAAAGUACAGCGUCUGGAUCGGAGGUUCCAUCCUCGCCUCGCUCAGCACCUUCCAGCAGAUGUGGAUCGCUAAGGGAGAGUACGACGAGUCUGGCCCUUCAAUUGUUCACAGGAAGUGCUUCUAAGUUGGUAGUCGUCCAAUUCUUUCGAGCUUUCUUCAUGCGUUUUUUUUGAGUCAGGAGUCUUGUAAAAGCUUGUUCGGUUUUGUGGUGGGGUUUACUACGCAUAAGAUUCAUGCCUACUACUAUGGCCCAAUAAAUCUGGGAGCAAGAUGGUACUAUUUUUCAGUUGAAAUAAGGUGGUACUAAUUUUUGUUCGCCAUCGUAUUUUAGCUUUUAGCUAUUUAAGGCGUCUUUGAGUUUUUGGUGUUAGUUGAUAAUUUUAGAGAUAACAACAGCCAGAAUUCUAUUUGUUUUGGUUACAUUUUUGUUAAUAAAUUUUAUGAGAAAUAUUUGACGUUUUUUUU